AAAUGUUAGUACAGUACUGCAGAAGAAACAAGUUUCGAGUCGAAGUCAAACUUGAAGAUCGGGUACCCAUCGAACACUUCGCCCCCUGUCCGGAAACGGGCUAUUCAGCUCACCGACAAAUCUCGUCGGCCUCACCCUGCAACCAAUCGCCGUUGGUCCGCCCGCAUUCUAGCUGCGCGAAUUCCGGCGGCUUCUCCUUAGAUCCUCGAGAAGACCCCAGAAGAAACUGCCCGUCUCGGGCUGCCAUAAUGGAUCCCCGGGGCCGGGAGGACGGGCCACUUCAAGAAGCCGCUGGAGCCGGAGCCGACGACGACGGAGGCGAAUGCGGCGUCGCCUCCCCCUGCCGUUGGCUGCGGCGGCUUUCCCGGGAGCUGCACUGGAGCUUCGUGCUCGCCGUCUUCGCCGUCUACGGGGCCUGCCAGGGCGUGGGCAACGCCGUCGGGGGAGUCGCCGCCGGGUACUACUGGAAGGACGUGCAGGGCGUCCAGCCGUCGGCCGCCCAGUUCUACCAGGGCGUCACCGACGCGCCGUGGGUCGUCAAGCCCCUCUGGGGCCUGCUCACCGACGUCGUCCCCAUCGCCGGAUACCGCCGCCGCCCCUACUUCCUCGUAGCAGGUGUGAUUGGCGUGUCGUCCAUGCUCAUGCUUUCUCUGCAACGCAAUUUGGGUAUCAUGCCGGCGAUUGUGGCGCUGACGGCCCAGAGCGCCGGCGCGGCGAUAGCCGACGUGACGGUGGACGCCCUGGUUGCGCAGAACAGCAUCACGAACCCGCCCCUCGCUUCCGACAUGCAAAGCUUGUGUGGCUUUAGCUCCUCCUUUGGGGCAUUGAUCGGAUUCUCCAUCAGCGGCCUUCUUGUCCACUCAUUGGGCUCCCAGGGGGCUCUUGGCUUGUUGAGUAUCCCCUCAGUGCUGGUGUUCUCAGCUGGGAUUCUCUUGAAGGAGAGUCGUGUGACAGACUUCGAUUACAAGCAGGUUCAUAGGAAGUUCUACAAAGCAACUCAGUCCAUGGGGGUAACGUUGAAGUGCCCUGAAGUUUGGCGGCCAUGUGUGUAUAUCUAUGUUUCUCUCAAUCUAAGUCUGGACAUCCAAGGAGGAAUGUUCUACUGGUACACAGACCGACUAAUGGGACCAGCAUUUUCUGAGGGACUAAUUGGUCUGAUCUAUGCAAUAGCUUCAGUGGGUUCACUGCUCGGAGUUUUACUAUACCAAAGUGCUCUAAAGGACUGCAAUUUCCGCAGCAUGCUUCUAUGGGGUCAAGUCCUGUCAAGUCUGGCAGGAAUGCUCGAUCUAGUCCUAGUGACCCGACUGAACAUGAAAAUCGGCAUACCAGAUUACAUCUUUGCGGUGAUUGAUAACGGUGUUUCUCAAAUGGUUGGCCAACUUAAAUGGCUUCCGCUUCUCGUACUUUGCUCCAAGCUUUGUCCUCCGGGUAUUGAAGGAACCUUCUAUGCACUACUCAUGUCUUUACAAAACGCGGGGUUGCUUAUGUCUGCUUGGUGUGGUGGCCUGCUGCUACACAUGCUGAAUGUGACUCGAACGAACUUCAGUAACCUUUGGGUUGCUGUCUUGAUUAGGAACGUCUCAAGGCUCCUUCCACUGAUGCUACUAUUUCUUGUUCCUGAAAGUGAUCAGAAUUCGACAUUCCUUCCUGCAGAGAUGCUCGAAGAGGGCGCAACUACAGAAGCUGUUAAAGAUGGAUCCGUAAAUGUUGAAUUUUCUGACCUUGUUGCAGAAAAUUCUAGUUAUUAUCCCUCCAAUGUGGCUGCUGAAGAUGAGAUUAUAAAAGUGAUUGAUGCUGUAGGAGAUGAUGUAGAGCUCAUCCCACUGAUGAACAAGACCACAGCAGUUUAGUGGCUAGCUGAUGAACAAGGAUGAUCCGAUGGUGCCUCAGACAUUUCGACUGUAUGCUUCUAGUCUUCAGUAGCGGACUAACAAGGUGAUAUUUGCUAGCAGUACUAUUUUUGACCGAUUGUUUUAUCUGUAUUUUGUAUAGGUAAAAAGCAGCUGAGUAGCAAGUGAAACAUAAAUUUUCCUUUUCAUCAUCUUCUUCUAAUUUCUAAAUAUGAUGUCAGUCCAUUCAAUCAUAUAUGAGGAGAAAUUGCAUUGGGCACCCAAUUUCUUU